AUGGAAGCUUGUGAGACAGAAGGGAUAGGCCCUUACCUAUAUGGGGGCCUAGGGCUGGGGGUGCUUCUGUUCCUCGUCAUGGUCAUUCUGUCCGUCUGCCUGUGUCGGCUCCAUGGGAGAGUGAGGAGGCUGGAGAGGAGCUGGGCCCAGCUCUCGCAACAGGAGCUCCACUAUGCGUCCCUGCUGAGGCUGCCUGAACGGGAGGGACCUGACCUCGGCAACCAAGAAAGGGAAGGCAGCAAGGAGGACCCCAGCACGGACUACGCCUGCAUUGCCAAGAACAAACCCAUCUGA